AUGAAAGUAACUGUUUGUUUUGGAUCCGUAAGGGUUGUUGUGCCAUGCGGCAGUGGUGAUCUGCUCGUACGUGAUCUCAUCGUCGAGUCAAUACGACGUUACAAAAAAGCAUCGGGAAAGCCUGAAAAGCUUGCAUUGAUUCCAUACACGGAUAUCUGGAUAUCGAUAGAGUUUUUUAAAACAAAACAUUCGAAUGAAACGCGAUUUAGUGAUUUAAUAGUGCGGAAACCUUUGAAGAAAUUGAAGUAA